CCCCCUCUCUCUCUUUCUGGCUGUGUGUUUAUGUUCAAGAAUUUCACACACACGGGUGUGUGUUUUUGGAGUACGUACGAACGUAGUAGACUACUGGUGUUUUUCAUCCCUGUUCUCCGACUGUCUGCUCGUGCUCUAUCUGCAGAGAAAAGCUUUUGCAAGCUCUCUUUAUCUUUACCACACACAGAGAGAUAGCUCUUCUUUUUAGUGUUACUUUCCUCCAACUUUCUUUAUAAUCCGAGAUUUUAUUUCCUUUUUCUGUGUUUCAAGACUUCUCUUUAACGUUGCCCUUUCUCUUUAUUCUCUGAGAAUCUCUCACCCCCCCCCCCUCCUUUAUUUCACGCCCUUAAUCCCUUUCGCUUUCAAUGCGAAUCUGAAAUACAAGAAAAAUCUCUGGGUUCUAUACUAUGCUACUCCAGCGAGGAGAAGAAGAAGAAACCAUGUUGUCUGGUGCCCGUCGUGGAAGAAUCAAAUAUACUGAACAUGUAAACCAAACCACUGUUGUCAGUCGCUCGGAUUAUCCCAUUUCCGGCAGGAGAAGCCCCUUUCCGGCGGAGAUGACCACCAGAACGGUACGGAUUUCGGUUACUGAUGCUGACGCCACUGACUCCUCCAGUGAUGAAGAGGACGGGUUUUCUGUCAAACGUCGGAGGGUCAGAAAGUUCAUCAACGAGGUUAGAAUCCAGCCCUGCUGCACAGACAACGGAGUUGUUAACGGGAAUGCCAGCGUCAACGGGAGUGUCAACGGCGUUACGAAGGGCAGCCGGCCGGCUGUCAGUGUGCUGAAGAGGAAGAAGAGCGGCGGGAAAUCGGAGAGCAAGGUGGCGAAAGUGGGGAAUGGUAAGAAGUUUCGCGGUGUGCGGCAGAGGCCGUGGGGAAAAUGGGCGGCGGAGAUUCGAGAUCCCCUGCGACGUGUGCGGCUGUGGCUAGGCACCUACGAUACGGCGGAGGAGGCUGCGAUGGUGUACGACCACGCGGCCAUCCAGCUGCGUGGACCUGACGCGCUCACCAACUUUUCCACCCCACCAGCCAAGGACAACAAAACAAGCUCAGGGUACAACUCCGGCGAGGAAUCCCACAACAAUGCCAAGUCGCCCAAGUCCGUCCUCCGGUUUGUCUCCGCAGCUGACUCCCAAGCCGAGGCCGAAGCGGAAGCGGAAGCGGAGUCUUCCUCUGUCUUCUCCCCCUCGAACGACGCCGUUUCAAAAAAGGAGAACGACGGUGAGAUAUUCUCGGAGUUCUCCAUAUUCUCUCCCAACUUGUUCACCGAGUUCGAAAACCCGGUGCCGGUACCCGAUUUGUUUAUCGACCAAAUGGGUUUCUCCGACAACAUUUUCGGAAUGGAUUUCAACUGCGGCACUGAUAUGCUCAUCGGGUCAAGUACAGAUCCCGGAUUCGGAUCGUCCACGUGGCAAACAGACGACUACUUCCAAGACUUCGGUGAUAUAUUCGGGUCGGACCCUCUCGUCGCCCUCUGACCGGUGGUUUAUGAAAAACCCAAAAAAAAAAAGAGCAUUGUAAUUCGGAAAUCAGCAACGUUAGUGCUGAUUUCU